GGGCCAGCCUGAACCAGGACCAGCCUGAACCCAUGAUGUGUGUCUGGAUUAAGAGGCUGGAGGAGGAUUAAUGAUAAAAGAUGUCAGGACGGACUGAAACAUCAGCUGCACCGCGGAGCAUGCGUGUGAAGGGCUCGGUUCUGGUUCUGGUUCUGGACGGAUGGCUUUGAUGAGACGGAUGAAGAUGACGGGCGUCCUGCUCCCCUGAUGAUCGCCUCCUCUCUCUUAGUCUGAGGCCGGACAUGAUUUUAAUCUCUGGAGCUGCUGCUGUGGAUGCGGGACGAUGCGCGCCGCGCCCCGGGAGAUAAAAACCAGCUCGGUGCUGUGAGGCCACAUCCGAACCGAACCGGAUUUUUCAGGACUGUGGACUGUUGGUUUAUUUGGAUCAUCACCUCCAGCCGUCAGAGGAGAACCGGGGCUCACCUGCUCACAAUAACAAUCUUUCAGCAUGGCUGAGAGGACUCUGGAGCCGAGCGCGGUCAGCAUCCCCAUGGAGGAGACCAAACUCCCGGGUGGAGCUCCUCAGGAGGCGCCGCUGCUCACCCACCUGAAGAAGGUGGAGAACCACAUCACUGAGGCGCAGCGCUUCUCGCACCUCCCACGUCGCUCCGCCGUCGACCUGGAGUUCAACGAGCUGUCCUACACCAUCCGUGAGGGCCCCUGGUGGAGGAGGAGAGGUUACAAAGCUCUGCUCAAGUGUCUGUCGGGAAGGUUCAACAGCAGAGAGCUGAUCGGCAUCAUGGGACCUUCAGGAGCCGGAAAAUCCACCCUGAUGAAUAUUCUGGCAGGUUACAGGGAGACGGGCAUGAAGGGUCAGAUCAUGGUGAACAGUCGGCCGAGAGACCUGCGGACCUUCAGGAAGAUGUCCUGUUACAUCAUGCAGGACGACAUGCUGCUGCCACACCUCACCGCGAGGGAGGCCAUGAUGGUUUCUGCCAAUCUGAAACUCAAUGAGAGCAUGCAGGUCAAAAAAGAGCUCGUGGACGAGAUCCUGACCGCUCUGGGUCUCCUUGAAUGUGCUCAGACUCGGACGAGCUGCCUCUCUGGAGGUCAGUGUAAACGACUGGCCAUUGCCCUCGAGCUGGUCAACAAUCCUCCCGUCAUGUUCUUCGAUGAGCCCACCAGCGGUCUGGACAGCGCGUCCUGCUUCCAGGUGGUGUCCCUCAUGAAGUCUCUGGCGCAGGGUGGACGGACAAUCAUCUGCACCAUUCAUCAGCCCAGCGCCAAGCUCUUUGAGAUGUUUGAUAAGCUGUACAUCCUCAGUCAGGGUCAGUGCAUAUACAAGGGCACGGUCCCGUACCUCAUCCCGUACCUGAAGAACCUGGGCCUCCACUGCCCCACGUACCACAACCCUGCAGAUUUCAUCAUCGAGGUGGCGUCCGGGGAGUACGGGGAUCUGAACCCGGUUCUGUUUGAGGCGGUUCAGGGUGGACUCUGCUCGGAGGAGAGCAAGAAGAACUCCAGAGACAAGAGUGACUCUUCAUGUCCUUCUCAAUGUCACAGUGACACGGGAACUCUGGAGAAACACAGCUUUGCCACCAGUACGUUCACGCAGUUCUGCAUCCUCUUCAAACGGACCUUCAUCAUGAUAUGCAGGGACACGGUGCUGACCCACCUCAGGGUGAUGUCCCAUCUGUGCAUCGGCGUGCUGAUCGGACUGCUUUAUCUCAAAAUUGGAAAUGACGCCAGCAAAGUCUUCAACAACACUGGCUUCCUGUUCUUCUCCAUGCUGUUCCUCAUGUUCGCCGCCCUGAUGCCGACCAUCCUGACCUUUCCUUUGGAGAUGUCUGUGUUCAUGAGGGAACAUCUCAACUACUGGUACAGCCUGAAGGCGUAUUAUCUGGCCAAAACGAUGGCGGACGUACCGUUCCAGGUGAUCUGUCCGAUCAUGUACUGCAGUAUCGUGUACUGGAUGACUGAGCAGCCUCCUGAAGCGGGUCGCUACCUGCUCUUCAUGGCCUUGUCCACGUCCACGGCCCUGGUGGCCCAGUCCCUGGGUCUGCUGAUAGGUGCGGCCUCCACGUCUCUGCAGGUGGCGACCUUCGUGGGUCCGGUCACAGCCAUACCUGUGCUCCUCUUCUCUGGCUUCUUCGUCAACUUUGACACCAUUCCUAAAUACCUGCAGUGGAGCUCUUAUGUGUCCUACGUCAGGUACGGCUUUGAGGGGGUGAUCCUCUCCAUCUACGGGAUGAACCGGUCAGAGCUGGAGUGUCCGGGUCUGGUGUGUAAGUUCCAGAAGCCGGAGGAGGUUCUGCAGCUGCUGGACGUGGAGGACGCCAAGCUGUAUGUGGACUUCAUGGUGCUGGGCGUCUUCUUCCUGGUCCUCAGACUGGCUACUUACCUCGUCCUGCGCUACAAAGUCAAGUCAGAGCGCUGAGACGUCCGGAGAAAUCUGAUGGACUCGGACGCUGAAGCGUAUCCGGGCAGUGUGGGAUAGUAAGCAAACAUUUAGUCUCUCUUUCUCUGUCUCCACUUCACAUACAUGAACAGAAACAGCCCAGCACAGACAGGUGCUGCACCAUUACCCAACUGUACAGUAUAAUAUUCUCUUUAAACUGUUUAUUACUCAAGAAAAAGGAAAGUUUAGACUGUUUGACCGCCUGCCCAUCAUUAGUUGUUCUCCAGGUAAAAGUAUUGUUCCGAUCAUCCUUAUCUGCACCGUACAGAACCAGAAUCCCAACAGAGCAACAGAAAGCAUGUUUCUUUAAAGCCAGAGAUUUGUACUGAACUCCAAGAACUCCCAGAGAGCCUGCAGGUGCAGGAGAGUCCAAAAACUUGUAGCUUAACCUGCAAAGAUUAUCCAGGUCCACAUCAGAACCCUGUUAUUGAUCAAGAGACCCAGGAACGAGAUUUCAGAUGGAUACCGUCCACUUUGAGCGCCAGGCUCUCGAACACGACGGCUUUUCUUUAACAAACCGACUGCCAGUGGACGACUUUCCUCGCGAUCUUUUUCCUGAGCCCGACCAUCGACGAAGACGAGAUGUUUGUAAAAACUGUGAGUCCUCGCUCGCUCCCAAGCGUUCCCAUUUGUUUCUGUUGCAACCGAGGAAGCAUCCGGCGAACAUGGAGCUCAAUGUGAAGCAUGACUGCUGUUUCCAGCCCAACUGCGGGCUGUCUUAACCAACGAGUGUUUUAGGUGAAGUGCAAUAUCCUCCUUGAUGUUUGUCUCAUCCGUGUCGUUCUUUUGACACUUUGAACUGCUCGUUUCGUCGUACGAUGAUCAAAAAGGAAGUAUCCUUUUUCUUUUGUUCUCUCCUUCUCUUUCUCUCUUCGCUUCGCUGACGUCCGACUGAUGUGUGUUGUCCAAAAACGAUGCUAGAUACUUGAAACGCAGGCUGGGCAGUUUUUUGUGCCUCUGAACUAGAAUGAUUUGAGUUUUUUCUUGCUUAACUGUUUGCACAUACACCUUAUGUCAAUGUACACACAUGCAAACACACACACACACACACACACACACACACACAC